ACCAAAAUGAGCGACCACUCUAUUACACGAAUCUUCUAAUUCUCAAAUAGAACACUCUCUUUCACAUAUUAGCAAUAUUUCUAAGGUAGAAAAACAAGAACUUAUAAAGCAUAAUAUCAAAAGAGCAAUGUUUUUAUUACAUUAAUUCGAACGAAACGCCCAAUUUUCGUACAUAUUCUCGAUAUAUCUGAAAUAGGAAGAUAACAUUUCCAAUCACCACUGACACCUUUCUCACAAACUCACCGUAAAAUCAGAUCAUAGCCAGACACCUGUACUUUCACACGUUUCAAUGUAAUUUCCAUGAUUCCUUAGAGCAUCGGUUGUCCGAUCUUGCUAGUGCUUUUACGCGUUGUGGAGAUUCAGUUUUCGUCCUAUUCUUUGCCACAGAAUUCGUCCACGACGAUGUUUGUGUGAAUUCACCUGCGUGCCGCGAAUGUGGCACGCGCGUUAACACUGUUCGUCUCGGUUCGCCGCGACCCUAGCUAUGGGAUAAUCGCUAAGUAGGUAAGCGAGCAUCGAGGAUGCGUCGUUGUCGCAUUAGAGAUGCGUUAACCUCGAUCGGGUGUACACUAGUAUUGCCGCGAGAUCAGUACGGUGACUCAUACCGUUCGAUCGAAUUGUUUUUCAUAAUUCUCUCAAAAUUUCAAGUUCAACCCACGUCACGUGCAGUCCGCUCGGUUGGUCUGAAGCAUCGUGACCGUUUUUUAUCGAUUUAAGCGUUUCGCUGCUCUUUCUAAAUUUUUACGCUUUAGAAAUAACGAACUUCUAAAUCUGCAGACUUGGAAAAAACAUGUUGAACCAGAUUUUGUCAAGAGAAUCCACAUUGUCCCUUAUUUCUUUAGGUGGAAAUUUAAGUCAGAUUUUUAUGAAUAUUCAUUUUUAUGAAUCAACCUCUGUGGAAACUUGCAAGUCCAAAAUAGGCAAUUAAUGGAAUGAAAAUUGUAUUCAGGUAUGAUAGCGGUUUAGAAUAAGAGAGUGAAGAUCGUGAGUUUACUGGGUUCCAAUAAAUCUCCACCGUCUACAGGCGUUUGUUUUCCUCGCUGCGGACACGCCCAGCUGGCCGCGGAAAAAGAGGAAGUCUGAGUGAAGGUGAGGAAUUGCAGUCUAGUGCAACAGACGAAAAAGGUACAAAGCGAGGUCUCGUUCUUGACGAGACGACCGUAAUUUGCUCUCGUUGUUACGUGAUUCGUUGCACUGUCUACAUCUCAGGAUUACACACCGAAAAACAAUCUUCCAGACCCUGUUCCAUAAUUACAACCUGUCUAACGAAACUCUAAUUCAUCAUUCACGGUGAAACGAUCCAAAUAAUUUCCAUCGCUCUAUUACUACAUAUGUUAUCCUAACAUAUUGCGUAUUGUGCAUAUUACUGAAAACCGCGUCAAACAGGAUUAUCAAUUUAUUAAUAGACAAUGACCAUUUAUGCAAAUUCAUAUGCUUCGUGCGAUUCAUAGAUUAAAUACGCGUAUUUAUCAAAGAAAACCUGAUCAAUAAUUCCAAUCAAACGAUUCAAGGAAAUUCUCGUGUAACGGCCGCACAAAUCGCUUUAAUAUCAUUCGAUUCACUAUAGACCGAAUCUGGACCGGGAUCUCGCAAGAUACGGAGACGAAGAAACGAUAGGUGGAAGGGACACGCGCGAGAGUUAAGGCCGCGGUUCGUCCACGACCUAAAACUACUUCCAACCAUCGUGAUGAGAGGUCAACAAGGUCACGGUGCCAGGCGCUUCUAUAAGAUACAUCCUUCUGUAUCUUAUCCCCCUCUCUUAUUCCUUUAGACAUCAGCGAAAUUUAAUGUCAGGUCGUUCCACCUUCUUCUAUCUUGAUCUCGAUGCUUGAGUGGGUCUGUGUGUCAGAGCGAAUCGUAUGCUCGCGGUGUGAGAGAAUCUUCGCGGGGAGCGAGUGGUACGCGAGGAAGGAGAUACAUAGAUAGAGUAAAGCGAGUGCGACUAGACGAAGCGACAAAGAGAACAACAGAGAAGGUUGGUUGUUUAGAGGCCGUUCCAGGGGAACCCUCAAGAUGCGCGGGGCAUUGUCAUGUGUACCAGUGGUACAGUCUUCGGGCUGUUGGCACAGCUCCUUACGUGGGAGACAACUCAGCACGGUUCGCGAGGGACUGCGGAUCGCUGGAUGGUAUAUAUUUGUCCGGGCGCAUGCUGCUUACCGCCAGUACCCUGUCUAGAUCCUGAAGACCGCGGAAGUGCGCUCAGUGAUCUCGUGAAUAUUCACGUUCUUGUGACACAACGCUCGUCCGUGUCCCUCGCCGAGGAUUAAACACUCGCGGAAGAUUAUUACCAGGAGAAUGAUGAAGAUGAUCGAUUUGUCCAAGUGUGUGUUCGUCUUGUUGGCGUGCUGUGUGGUCUGCUACGCGUCUUCGAUUGCUAAAGAGGAGGACAGUCUCGUGGACAGGAGCUUCAGAGCGAUGUACAGGGUAUACGAGGACUGCCAGCAUCGAAACAUAGCAGUCUCGCCUUGCUUGAAGAAGAAGGCGAUCGCGUUCUUCGAGAGGUUAGGCAGAAUGCAUACUCUUCCUCUGUCGGAGAACUUUGAAUUAAUCAGGAUCACGGACGAAACGCCGAAGAGUUCUGUGUCCGAAUUAGAAGCCACCCUUGGUAGAACUAUGUCCAGCAAAGAUGAGAUUCUGAACGAGAUUCUAUUCGACCGAGUGGCUUCGCUACUGAACAGCUUUAACGUUCAAAUUCGAUUGCCUAGAACCAGUCCUGGUGAAUUGAAACAAGGCAUGGAAGAGGGACGUGGUAAAAUGAAGAAGAUGAUGGGCAUGAUGAUGAUGGGAAUGGCCAUGAAACUCGCUGCGUUGAUUCCCAUUGCCCUUGGAGUGCUCUUCUUGUUAGCUGGAAAGGCUUUGAUCAUCAGCAAGAUCGCUCUUGUCUUGUCUCUCAUCAUUGGACUGAAGAAACUCUUCAGUCAGAAGCAGAGCCACGAUCACGGUGGUUGGCAGCAGGGUGGCGGAGGUUGGGACAGGAGUCUCAAGAAUGUUUUCGGCUCCACGGAGUCGUCGACGACGACGGAACUAACCCGCAACUACGCGCAGAAUCUGGCCUACUCGGCGCGACAUCAGCACUGAUCGCAGCAAACGGGGGGAAUAGCAGGCCUUCCGGUUUCGUUCGGCGUGCA